GUAGGCAUAACAUGAAAGAGAGGAUGGAUUUGAUCUGUUGUUGCCACACGUGAAAGUGAAAUGAAUCCAGCAGAACACUGGUUGCAACGGAUUUCGCCUAUUGUGAGAGCGUGACAACUGUCUUGAAAACAAACUAUAUACUUCAGCCUACCUCGGAUGAGAUAUAACCUCUUGCUUUGUGCACUGGAAUAAAGGACAAAGUAAGCAGUUUCUUCACCAUGGACUGUCAAGAAAAUGAGUACCGGGACCAAUGGGGACACUGUGUCACCUGCCAACAGUGUGGCCCUGGACAGGAGCUCUCCAAGGAUUGUGGCUAUGGAGAAGGUGGAGAUGCAUACUGCACAGCCUGCCCUCCCCGAAAAUAUAAAAGCUCAUGGGGGCAUCACAGAUGUCAGACUUGCAUCACCUGUGCAGUCAUCAAUCGGGUCCAGAAAGCCAACUGCACAAAUACCUCUAAUGCUAUCUGUGGAGACUGUAUGCCCAGAUUCUACCGAAAGACGCGCAUCGGGGGCCUGCAGGACCAAGAAUGCAUCCCAUGUACAAAGCAGACUCCUUCUUCUGAGGUUCAGUGUACCUUCCAGUUGAGUUUAGUGAAGGUAGAUACACACACUGUUCCUGGUAAGGAAGCCACACUUGUCGCACUGGUGGGCAGUUUGCUGGUAGUGUUUGCACUGGCCUUCCUUGGACUCUUCUUCCUCUACUGCAAGCAGAUCUUUAACAGACAUUGUCAAUGUGUUGCAGGAGGUACAUUGCAAUAUGAGGCUGAAAAGGCAGUGGAGGAGGAUUCUCUUUUUCCCGUGCCACCUGGCCAGGAGACCAGUCCUGAAUUUCCAGUGAAUGAGAUCAAGCCACUCAACUCCAUCCUGGAUGAUGACUGCAGCUCCACUCGUGGCUUCCCUACCCAGGAGUCCUUCACCAUGGCCUCCUGUGCCUCAGAGAGCCAUUCUAAAUGGGUCCAUACCCCCAUUGAAUGUACAGAGCUGGACCUGCAAAAGUUUUCCAGCUCUGCCCCCUGUACUGGAGCUGAAACCUUGAGGGAGAACACAGUUGAAAGUUCCGGAGACAGCCUGGAGCUCCAUGUUCCUUUUCAAGUUCCCAGCCUUUGACUCUACUAAGGUGAGCUAGAAAAAAAUGUGGGUAAAAGACCAGGAGGUGUGGGGCCACUCUCAACAAAUUUCCAGCCCCAGUUCUAUUGUUUCAUAGGGCUUGAGUGGAAGAAUGGCAGGAAAUGAGGCUGGGAGAGGUUGAAGAUCAACAGUUGUGGCACUAAAUCUUUGAGCUAACUUUACAUCAGACUUGGAAGCCAGCAAUUGUCUGGAGACCCGGCAGGCUGGCAUGAUGCCAGUUUCUUCAUCUGGACCCUACUCUUGACUAGUCAUAUUGUUUACUCCUUUCAUUUGUAUAAACGCAAUACCAUCAUACAAAUUUGUAACUCUGUAUUCAGAUGAACCCCAGUUCCUGAACAGCCUUAUGAUCACGAGCAAAUUGCUUUACCUCGUUUAGACAGAGUCUUCUGCUCAUGAGUUAGUGUGAGGGUUGAAUGACAACAUAUGCAAGUGUCCUUUAUAAUGUCUUCGUGAGAAGUGUUUGUACCAUGAUGGCAUUUCCUUCCUUUCCCUGUGUUUCGUCAGCAAAUACAAAUUCCUUCUAUGUCCACUACAUUUUAUUUCUGAACUUUGUAACUUUAUGCCUUUGUGGUAGGCAAAUAAGAAAUAUGCUAAUCUCCUUUUAAACAGGUAGAAACUGAGCCACAAAGAUGAAAAGUGAUUUGCUUAAAGACACAAAGUAACCCAUUCUCAGAACUAGGCUAGAACCUGGAAUUAGCAGCCCCAUUACAGAGUUCAUUUAACUCCAUCAUUGGAUUUUGAAAUAUAUGUGUAUGUACCUCAAUAUAUGUCACUUAUACAUAUGUUGUAUGCAUGUAUAUGUGCAUGCGUGUGUAUAGAAACAUCUUAGAUAGAAAACCAGAACAUACACAAAAUUCAUUUGUGCUUCAUGUGCACUUUGCACACAUAACCUGAAGGUACUUUCAUGUGCUAUUCUUAGUACAAACUGUCAUGUGUG